AUGGAAGGGCAGUUUGGUUGGGGAAGAGAGGAGGGAGGGUGGAGGAAAGGGCCAUGGACGGCGCAGGAAGAUAAGCUCCUGGUCGAGUACGUCAGGCAGCAUGGAGAAGGGAGGUGGAAUUCUGUCGCCAAGCUGACUGGUCUGAAGCGAAGCGGCAAGAGCUGCCGGCUUCGGUGGGUGAACUACCUGAGGCCCGACCUAAAGAGAGGCAAGAUCACGCCGCAGGAGGAGAGCCUCAUACUCGAGCUCCACGCCCUGUGGGGAAACAGAUGGUCGACGAUCGCGCGCAGCCUGCCGGGGCGGACGGACAACGAGAUCAAGAACUACUGGCGGACGCACUUCAAGAAGGGCAAGCCGUCCAAGAACAUCGAGCGCGCCAGGGCGCGGUUCCUCAAGCAGCGCCGUGAGAUGCAGAGCCAACUGCUGCUGCAGGGACAAGACCAACAGCAGCAGGAGAAACAGCCCGAUCACGACGACGACGACGAUGGCGACGCCAGCAGGGAGACGGUGCCGGCGGCCGUUUCACUGGCGCAGCAGAACGAGGAGGACCUGAGGAUUCUGCAGCAGGACAUGGACGACCUGCUGUUCCAGUUCUGCCCAAUGGCCUCCUGCACCUCCUCCUCCUGCCUCCUCCCCGGCGGCAGCUGCACCUCCGGCGUCAGCGCGUCGGCGAGCGAGGAGGGGUACAGCGGGGAUCACCAGCUCAACGGCGGCGCCACGUGGGGGUGGGGCAGCCUGUGGAACCUCGACGACGUGGUGGAUGACGUCGAUGGCGGCGCCUGCGGCUGGGACAGCAGCUUCCCAUUGCUGCAGGAUCAAGGGCUCGCUUUCUACUAG